CGAUUUGCCGGACAUCCAAGCAGGAUUUUUACAUACGAAGGAGCAUGCAAAGAGACAAAUCUCUUCCGAAGAGUGGGAGGGAAACCUGCUAUUGAUUCAAUGGGGUUGCUACAUGGUCAAGCAUGCUGAUUUUAUUUGCCUGCUGCGAUGAAGUUGAGAGGGACAGUUCUCCGACGAUAACAGACAACCGAGGUCAAUUCUUAGGGCCAACAACUACUUCGCUAGGGUCUCGAGAAAAUGCUGAACGAGCAAACAGUAACAUCGAGAAAGUGGAUAUCGUCACUCGGGCCAGGGUUCCCAAAUCCGUGCUUAAGUCCAGGCCAAAUUCUUUCUUCCCGUUCAUAUAUGUAGGUCUCAUCCCCACUCAAGAGGUUCUUUGAAUGCUCUCUUCUUUAUUUAUUUUUGUUUUUAUUAUCUGAAGAGCGCUACUUUAUCCCGGAUUUCCUGCAUGUUUGACGUCUCUUGGUAUCUCCGUUAAGUAUACCAAAAAGCGCAGUUGCUCGCUAACUUAUAUACGUCCUGCAAUACUCGGCUCGAUAAGGGAUGAGGCUCUGUGCUGUGUGAGGAUCUUUACAAGCGAUAAGUUAAUUCGAACUGUGGAUUUCUCUCAUUGAGAACCUUUGACUAGAAGCUAUCUGCGGAGUUGCGGAGCUACAUGGGGACUGAACAGCAGCAACCGACGGGGAAUUCUUCCCAAGCGGGCUUCCCUGCUACCUCUUCCACCCCAACGAUUUCUGGGGAGCCAUCUAUCGCCACAACCCAGGGGGUUAGUGAAUAUGCACCUGUUACCUCGGAGAAAGGGAGCCAAGUGAGCAUCGAUAAUGGAGAACCGGAUCAACCUCUAGACGAGGCUGCCGUUCAGCUGACAAGAACAAAUUCUUACAUACCAGCGGUUGUUGUGCCCAGAGGCAGACGGCGAGGUCUAUUUGGGUCACUGACUCUACUGUCUGAGGUUGAAAAUCCAAAACAUUAUAACCGGAAAUCAAAAUGGUUUAUUACUUUCGUUGUCGCUGUGGCAGCUGCCGCCGCGCCCAUGGGGAGUGCUAUAUUUCUUCGUACGUCAUUGCCACUCGUGUUAACUCAUGGUAUCUCUAUAUUUUUCCGACAGGGGCUAAUAUAAAGAUUUUUUUGACAGCUGGACUUGGCGAUGUUGCAAGAACAUAUAAUACGACGGCAACGGUUACCAAUCUUUCUGUAGCUUUGUACAUGCUGAGUAUAUCCAUAUUUCCUCUCUGGUGGUCAUCGUUUAGUGAGCGGCUGGGGCGCCGUUCAAUAUACCUUGCUUCAUUCGCCUUAUUCACUCUAUGGAGUAUUUUAUCCGCUCUCUCGGUCUCCAUUACGAUGUUGAUCAUCAUGCGAGUUCUUGCUGGGGGAGCUGCUGCUUCAGUUCAAGCAGUAGGGGCUGGUACAAUUGCCGAUGUUUGGGAUCCUAUUGAUCGUGGACGCGCUAUGGGCAUCUUCUACCUUGGCCCUCUCUGUGGUCCCCUUAUAGCUCCUAUCCUCGGUGGAAUUUUGACACAAUCUUUGGGAUGGAGGAGUACGCAAUGGUUUCUUGCAAUCUAUGGCGGCCUUAUACUGGUCUUCAUACUGUUUGCAUUGCCAGAAACUCUUGCAAACCGUAAACCUCUUCCGCCUCCUCAACUAGAGAAUGGAAGCCCGGAGAUCGAACGCACUCUGAGUCGGGUGUCAUCUCGACAGGUCGUACAGCAAACGACCAGGGCUCUAAACAUGUUCAAAAUUAUCAUCAUUGAUCCUCUAAAGAUAAUUCUUUAUAUUCGUUUCCCGGCUGUUGCUCUAACUGUGUACUAUGCAAGUAUCGCUUUUGGAUGCUUGUAUGUCAUGAACAUAAGUAUAGAGAUUACGUUCAGCAGAGAUCCCUAUAAUUUUUCUACUAUCAUCAUUGGCUUACUAUAUAUCCCUGGGGCGUUGGGUUAUAUUGCUGCCAGUGUUUUUGGGGGUCCUUGGAUGGACUCCAUCAUGAAACGAGAAGCAAGGCGUGCCAACAGAGUGGAUGCAAAUGGCAAAUACAUUUUUAUACCCGAGGAUAGAAUGCGUGAGAAUGCAUGGGUUGGGGCACUUCUUUUUCCAUCUGCAUUGAUAUGGUAUGCUUGGACAGCAGAAAAUGGGGUGCACUGGUUCGCUACGGUGAGUUUCAGGCAAAACUAUACACAUCAAUAUCAUCUGACUUGGUUUUGGUAUAGAUUGCUGCCAAUUUCUUUUUUGGCCUAGGAUCAAUGUUAAUUUUCAGCAUGUCAACGACUAUGUUGACCGAAUUUAUGCCCAAUCGGUCUUCAGCCGGUGUCGCCUUGAACAAUUUCAUGAGAAACAUAGCUUCUUGUGUUGGGGGUGUAGUUGCUGCCCCUAUUAUAGAUGCCAUUGGAAAUGGUUGGCUAUUUACGAUUCUUGGCCUUAUUUGUCUAGCUAGCUCCGUUGUGAUCUGGGCCAUGAAGCGGUUAGGGCCACGAUGGAGAAUAAUAAUGGAGGAACAGCUAAAGAAGGAAAAUGAAAAUCGAAGGUGAACCUAUUGAAUUAGACGUCUUGUUCGGGUCUUUUUCACCUGGUCUCGUUAUAACGAUGAAAGAUAAUUCACAUACCUUGAUAUUGCCUAGGCUACGGACUGCAUAAAGAGUGAGCAGAUCAAUUCACCAAGUCCUUGGCAUACGCUCCGUACGUUGGGCAGAACUACACUGUCGUUCCAACUUGAAUGCUUGUUCGCGCUGAAUCUCACAAACAUUCUGUUUGGUUUCAGUUUCAUGCGAACAUAUCGUGGCUCACCUUGUUGAAAUUAUAUGACUCCCGACUCAACAAGGCACUUAACAACAUAAUUCGAAACACAUAUGCCACCUUACAUGUACUUUGCUGUAUACGUGGCUCAUUGAGGCGCUGGCUAUGUAUGUGUUUUUGUUUGCAUUUUCAGCUUGGGCAGGAACCGCUGAGACAGGCCGGAGCUCUUCUUGCCAUGACAGGAAGAGGCAGCCAAAGGAACUGCUAGAUUGCUACGUUGACGUUAUCAGAUGCUUUAUAAACACGUAUAGGUUUUGUUUGCACAAAUAUUGAACAAAUUUGUGAUAGUAAAAAUUCCUCCAACGAUUCAAGGUUUAUGAUAUUUGUUUGGUUUCCCGAAAUUCAUAUCAGGUCGCGAGGAUGGCGAGACUCGGAUAUCGAUCCCGCAGGC